CUAAGUGCGCUGUAUCGCCUAGGAGCCAGCAAACGCGCUAGCCCAAGUAAAACGACUCGCGCCAGGUCAAACCAAGUCAAAUAACCAAAAUCAAAAAUCACCAAACUGUGAAAAAGCUCCGAGCACAAAUUUUUCUUUACCGGUGGUUAUGCACGCGUAUCAUAACACUAUGUGUGCAGGAGUUCGGCUGCUUGUGCUGACAUCAGCGGGCUGAUGAAUCUGAUUGCCUAAACCACUAAAAUUUUGUACUUGUUUAUUAGUGAAAUAUAAAAAAAUUCAAAAUCCCAGUACGAACUCGACGUUCUGACGUCAUACGCCGUCCGCCCUACGGCUCGGCGGUAAAAAAAUUAUUAUAAAUAUUAAAAAAGAUAGAAAUAAAAACAAUUGAAGCCAAAGUGUAAAACCUAAAAACUAAUGAAACUGAACUUCAGUUAGAAAUUUACGAAUUUGUCCUUAUCUAAUAAUUAAUUAAUUUUCAACAGCGCUUGUGAUUGAAAGGAAAAGAAAUGUAAAGCCAUACAUGACGAUGUACAAAUUUACCCGUUUAUAUUAAGAAUUUGCGCCCGCAAUUGGAUUUUUUGUACAGUUUAUGACGACGAAAAUAUAUUGACAUCACUACAACAAAAUUUCUUUUAAAACGGUAUCAACGAGGAUAAGAAAAAAUUGCCAACGAAAGUUUUACAAAGCGAUUUUUUAAGAAAUUGCUUUCCAAUAUGUAACGGCACUGAUGUACAUUUAAGUAAUACUCAGAGCGACGGAAAACUCCUAAAAUACUUUAAUCCGUGUGCUUUUACAUCUACUAACUAAUCGUAAAAAGGAGACAAAGUUUUGAAAUUUUGAAAUCAAAACUAUUUAAAAGAACGGUAUUCUUAGUUGAAGAAAUUAUAUAUAUAUAAAUACAAUACAUAGUUAAAUGUAUGUGCGUGUGAUUAUGUAAAAAACGCAUAAACGUGAGUCAAAAACUAAAACAAAACAUCGAAAAAUUGUUACGAUUGUUGAAAAAGUCUAUUUUCGUACAUAUAUAUUCAGAUAUCAGUUUCAACUUUGAUUUUUAACUGAACCUAUUGCUCUCAAAACUCACUGAGUAAAAUUUUUAGCGAAAAACGGUAAAUUAAAAUUGAAACUUACAUACAUAUAAAAAUACAUUUGCGUGUAAAAUAAAUUCAAUAAUGAAUAAAGCGAAUUAAUUCUUAUAUUUACUGUUUUAUCGCUGUUACCUAUUAUAUCAAUACAUUCGUAUAAGAAAAAUAGCAUCAUUCAAAUGAUGAUGUUAACUACAGAACAUCUCAUGCAUGGUCAUGCGUCGUCCGUCAGUCAAAGUGCUCUUUUUGGCUGUUCGACGGCGGGACAUAGCGGCAUUAACCAACUGGGUGGCGUUUAUGUAAACGGCCGUCCGCUGCCCGAUUCAACUCGUCAGAAGAUCGUAGAGUUAGCACAUUCUGGUGCGCGUCCUUGUGAUAUAUCGCGCAUUCUACAGGUAUCCAAUGGAUGCGUUAGCAAAAUUCUGGGCAGAUAUUAUGAGACGGGAUCCAUUAAGCCACGCGCAAUAGGCGGUUCGAAACCACGCGUUGCCACAACACCUGUUGUACAAAAAAUUGCAGAUUAUAAGAGAGAAUGUCCCAGCAUUUUCGCUUGGGAAAUACGUGAUCGACUACUGUCUGAGCAGGUUUGCAAUAGUGAUAACAUACCAAGUGUUUCUUCGAUAAAUAGAGUUUUGCGAAAUUUGGCCUCUCAAAAAGAGCAGCAGGCCCAACAACAAAACGAAUCAGUCUACGAAAAGUUACGUAUGUUCAAUGGACAAUCUAGCGGCUGGGCCUGGUAUCCCGGUAAUGCAACAUCUGCCCACCUGGCCUUGGCACCCACUCCAACAGCAACAAAUUUAUCAAGUCAACUAGUUAGAGAUGAUUUACAUAAACGAGAUCUAUUUUCGGGAGAGUCCCCACAUCCCAAUUCUCAUGAAAGUACCUCGGAUGGCAACUCGGAUCACAAUUCAUCGGGCGAUGAGGACUCCCAGAUGAGAAUGCGUCUUAAAAGAAAAUUGCAACGUAAUCGCACUUCAUUUACAAACGAACAAAUCGACAGUUUGGAAAAGGAAUUCGAAAGAACGCAUUAUCCGGAUGUAUUCGCACGUGAAAGACUUGCUGAAAAAAUUGGUUUACCCGAGGCACGUAUUCAGGUCUGGUUUUCAAAUCGACGAGCAAAGUGGCGUCGGGAAGAAAAAUUGAGAACUCAACGGCGCACUGCCGACCAUGUAAACACUAACGGCGGUUCCGGCGGCCGCUCAAAUACGGGAACUUCAACUACAAUAGCUGCUGCCGCCGUGGUCAGCAAUCACAGUGGAGCGACCAAUGGAAUCGGUGGAGUGGCAGUGGGCGGUGGUGCCGCAGCAGAUAUUAAUGCGGCUGAGGGCUCUAACGGUGAAGGAACGAGUGCACCAUCGGCGGCAGCACUACCGGGAACAAGUGGAAGCGGUGUUGCAGCCAUCCCAACUCUGGGUGAUGCAGCAGCAGUCGCUUCUGUUAAUAUCGGUGGUCAUGGUAGCUCAGUGAGUCCGCCCUUACAAGCUGUUGCAACCCGCCUUCCCCUGAAUACUGGUUUCAAUACAAUGUACUCAUCGAUAACACAGCCCAUCGCAACUAUGGCGGAGAAUUACAACUCGAUGACCUCGUCGCUAAACUCGAUGAGCUCUACAUGUUUGCAGCAGCGCGAUAGCUACCCAUACAUGUUUCAUGAUCCACUUACACUUAGUUCGGUGUCAUAUGCAUCACAUGCGCGUCCAUCGUGCAACCCUGCCGCUGCUCAUCAACAGCCACCACCACAGCAUACCUCCGUUUACGGCUCAGGCCCAGCAGGUGCAUCCAGUAGUACAGAUAGCCAUACAUUUCCAGGUGUUAUCUCAGCGGGCGUUUCCGUACCUGUGCAAAUACCCGCACAAAGCGCCAGUGAUUUAACUAGCACAAAUUAUUGGCCGCGUCUUCAGUGAUCUACGUUUAUGUUUAAACAGUCGGCGGCGGUCCCUAUAACCAAUAUAAGAACAAGUUCAUCCCCGAGUGGUUCGCUGCCCGGAUCGUCGUGUCCUGAUAUCAAUGUGUCUGCUGCAGCCGCUGCCGUAGUGGCAAACGCAGCUGCCGCAACUUCUGCGGACGCUAAUGCUGUAAGUGGUUGUAACGACUUUGUCAACAUAGGCACACCUUCACCGGUUGACAGCAGCGUGAGCAGCAAUCAUAGUGCAUUUGAUUACGGCGUCGGGCUGCAUCCUACUAAUGCUAGAGCAAUGGUGGAAAUGGUUGCGAAUAAUACAAUUGCUGCAGGAGCAGGGGUAUACCCAAGGUCAGCGACAGCGGCUAUUUUAGCAACACCAAAACCAGCUGCUCUGCCGCCGACGCUAAUUUUAACUGUACAACAACAACAACAACAGGACAUGCAAAGAGUUAUGCAGCAUAAUCAACAAUAUCAUCCCUAUUCACACCCUCAUUACACCCACCAUCCGCAUCAUCAAUGUCAGCAAUUGCAUCACUUACAACAAAAACAGCAACAUUUACCCGCUCAUGUCACCCAACAUCACAGACAGCCGCAAAUACAAUCACACAAGCAGAAACAGCACCAUCCAAUGCAAUACCCUCAACAUUUCCAUUUCCAACAGAAUUUACAUGCAGACUCCCAGGAUCAUCAUCCCCAUCAAGUAGUUCAACAACAUUCCCACAUCUACCAUUAACAAAAAACUCAAAUUUACCGAAUAAACAGUUUAACAACUACCAACAAACAUACGAGUUCUAAGUAUAUCAAUACAUACAUAUACAUACUCGUAUAUGUUAUUUAUGUCGAAAUAUCAAAAAUACAUAUAUGCUAACACAUAUGAAUGUACAUUAGGGUGCCCGUUAUUUACCAAGUUUUUUAUUAUGUUCAUAGCUUGAAAUAAAAAACAC